GUCUGGUUUUGUCGACGUCUCACUUACAGAAGAAGAAGUUUGUCAGUCGCCCGAUCUCCCCGCUGGACCUCUGCAAGGUGUCUCCCCGUUCCCUGCCGUCAGACGCGGCGAGUCUGCUCCCGGAGAAACGCAUUCCGCCGCCGGGCCAUUUGACCAAACUUUUCCCGGUGAUACCAGCUGCCCCAUUUUCUCGCCAUGGCGACGAGUGCGAAGCGAAAGCAGGAGGAGACUCACCUAAAGAUGCUUCGGGAAAUGACUAGCCUGCCUGCGAAUAGGAAAUGCUUCGACUGUGACCAGCGCGGCCCGACUUACGUCAACAUGACAGUGGGCUCCUUCGUCUGCACCACCUGCUCCGGGAUCCUGCGAGGACUGAACCCCCCCCACAGAGUGAAGUCCAUCUCUAUGACCACAUUCACACAACAGGAAAUAGAGUUCCUACAGAAACACGGCAACGAGGUCUGUAAACACAUCUGGCUGGGCCUUUACGACGACAGGACAUCAGUUGUUCCAGAUUUCAGAGAACCGCAGAAAGUAAAGGAGUUUCUUCAGGAAAAAUAUGAGAAGAAAAGAUGGUAUGUUCCUCCAGACCAGGCGAGGGCGGUAGCGAGCGUUCAGGCCUCGGUGUCGGGCUCGUCAGCGAGCAGCACUGGGAGCACCCCGGAGGUUCAGCCCCUGAAAACCCUGCAGCUCAAUAAAACGCCACUACGCCAGUCUCCAGGGCUGAGUCGCCCGCAGCCCCACAGCACUGGCCAGGAGAAGAAGUUCGACCUGCUCUCGGAUCUGGGUGGAGAUAUUUUCGCUGCUCCUCCGACUCAAGCUGGCCCCCCCUCCACCAACUUUGCCAAUUUUGCACAUUUUCCAAGCCAGUCGACACUUCAGGGUAAUUCAAACACCAACUUUGCCAACUUUGAAGCAUUUGGAAACACUGCAAUUUCAUCCCAUCUGAGCACAUCACCUCCCUCAUCAGGUGGAGGUGUGCCAAUUCCCUCCAAAUCCAGUGCCGCUUCAGCUCAUUCCCAGGCAGCGAGGUGCACAGAGGACCGCUACGCUGCGCUGGCCGAGCUGGACAGUGAGCUGAGCUCCUCUGUCACCACAGGCAGCAACAUGCAGGGGGCCAUGUUUGGACCUGUCCUUGGUUCCUCGCCAGCUCAGAACCAACCUGUGAUGGCCAACAUGCAGCCCGGCUUUGGAGCGGUGCCAUCCACAAAUCCCUUCGUUGCCGCAGCGAUAGCCCCCGACAUGACCUCCAACCCCUUCCAGGCCAACGGCAGAGGUCCAGCUGCAGCCUCGUUUGGUACUGGCUCUAUGAGCAUGCCCGCCGGCUUUGGGAAUGCGUCUUCCUACUGCCUCCCGACCAGUUUCAGCGGAAACUUCCAGCAGCAAUUCCCUGGCCAGGCCCCCAUUCCUUACUCCCAGCCUGGGGCCUACCACCCUCAGUCUAAUGGGCCCGCCUUCCCAGUCUACGGUCAGAACAAGCCCUCUAUUACACCCUUUGGGCAGCCCAUGGCUGUUCCUGGCAUGUCCAAUAACCCAUUUAUGGCUGGAGCGCCAGCGGGGCCGUUCCCCUCUGGAGGUUCAUCCACCAACCCUUUCCUGUAGCACAGCUCCUGGCUUCGGCCACCAGAGGGCAGCAUGCAGCACAUACUCAAACGCACCUGUUCCGUCACGCAACUAGUGACAGUACAUUUCUUGAGAAAAGACUUAUCUAUUUUUUUCUCCAUGAAAGAAGUUUACAACACUAUGAAGGAGUACAAAGGAAUAUAUUUAGGACUAAGGGACAGUUAUGGGGGAAAUGUACUGUCUGGACUAUACUCCAUUAUUGUAUGCUUUUUAUUUUUAAUAUUUUUUCCGUUCUAACUGUAAGCUUUGUGCAUAUCACUAUUUGUAAUCACGAACAAGUACAUGUAAUGUAUAACAAGGACUGAACUAACAAGGAUGCGUAACCACAAACCUUGUGUUUAAAAACAACAAAAAAGAAAAGGGGAAGAAAAUCACUUCAAACUAAUAGAUAGGUAACAGUUUACAUUUUAACAGGGUCCCAUCAAAAUCUGCAUUUUUGGUAGCGUGAAGCAGUCAUAAUAUUGUUUUUUUGUUUUUGUAUGUUUGUUUUUCAUUUUCAAAAAAGGGAAUUGUUGUUUUCUUGUUAAUUUAAGAACUCUUGUUUUUCGCACCAGGUUUUCUGUAUUAAGCCGUGUUUCCAUUACUGCCAUUCUUGAAAUAUAAAAGUAGGCUUUAGUCUGAUAGCUAGGACUUUUAAAAAAUACAAUGAAAUGUAACCUUCAGAGCAGGUUCGUGUAAUUUGGCAUUGAUCUGAGACAAUAGGCCAACAUUUAAAGAUUGUCGAUUAGGCGUGGACUGGUGUGAGACUGUCACCAUAUGAAAUUAAGUAAAAAAAAACAAAAAACUGCAGUUUUAAUACUUAAUUUGCUUAUUAAUUAAUUAGCUUAAUUAAUGAGACAAUAGGCCAAUUGUCUCAUUAAUUAAUUAGCUUAAUUAAUGAGCUAAUUAAGUCAUAUUUCAUCUGAAAAGUAAUUCCUACAAUUUUUACCUAUUGGUUUCUACAGAAAUAGGAAUAUUUAUGAUGGUCCUACAGAGACUAAAGCAGAAAUAUAUAGUAAAUACCUGUUAAAUUUAGUCAUUAAGUGCUUAUUAGCCGACCUGCUAAGGUAGUGGAUGCUUACCAGAGGAGAUUCAUAGCUUACCAACUGUAGGUUUAAAACAGUGCUACCCUCAGGGUGGGUGGUUCUGUCUUUGUCUUCACACAAAUAUUUCCAAACAGCUGAGCUAGUUUUUCUGUUCAGCAACCAGCUGGGGCAGGGCGUCUUACUGUAGGCCCCAGGCCCACGCCUGUUGGCAGUGCACAGCAACUAUACUAUGUAGAUUAUGAGGCAGACUGGGGUCUGUCGUGUUUUACUCACAGGUAAAGGAGCAGAAACGGCUCUUAGAGCAGAAACAGAGGAGAACCAAGUAAAGGUUGAGUAUUAGUCGGAUUUCUUUGUGUCAUUUUACCUGAGCUGAUAAGUCCUUGUUAAAGUUGAUAAGUAUACUCUUGUUACUUGGGGAGCAUAAUUCAGAUAUUCUCUAUAUUCUAUGAAUAAAAGCAGCAGAAAGAGACUGUUAUUGAAGGCCUCAGGCUUGUGAUCCGGUUUGGGCUACCUCAGAACACAUGAAGUCAGGAUCCCACGGUUCUGUUGGGGAGCGGCGCUUUAAAAGCAGAACAUCUUCAGCAUUUGACUGACUAAACAUCUGAGCGAUCAGGGUUGUGCUCACUGUCCUCUUUUUGAAUCUGUCCUCUUUGUCUUCGUUCUUAACGCAUCAGAUGAGACGAGCAAAAGGUGGAGAGAAGACGGUUUGUGUAGAUGAGGCCAAGUUUCAGGACUGCACACAUCACUGGACCAGCCCCCCUGACUGUGGGCAAUUUGAAUUUCAGUUAUGUUUUAAGAAAAAAAAUGUUUCUUGUUUUUACAAGACUAGGUAGUAAAUGUGUACAUUUAUAAAUAUAUGUAUAAAUAAAUUAAAAGAUUUUUAACUACA